CAGGUCCCAUAUCAAUUUGACUUACAGGAAUUACUUGUUUUAUGAUCUGUUAUUUAAUAGUUGUCAUCCCUCUAGUUGUGACGCGACAACAUCAAAUUUACAGACUGGAAACACUAUCAAGUAAAAUGGCCUCCAGUGACAGAGAGUUAUCAGACUGUAUAAAUGACUUCACACUCGAUAUCUACAAGCAUGUUACCAGUCAACAGCCUUCAGGAAAUUUGUUCAUGUCUCCGAGCAGUAUGAUGGUAGUUUUGACAAUGCUACACGUUGGUUCACGCAACAAGACUGAAGACCAGAUGACACAGGUUCUCAAGCUUGAGAAACUGGAUAAGAAGGCUAUACUUAGACACAUGGAGACUUUUGUCAGUACUCUCAAAAAGGGAAGUAAAUCUGUCACUUUGAGUACCGCUAAUCGGUUGUUUCCGCAUACCGAUAAGACGAUCCUCCGAGACUAUAUUUCGCUUGUUUCAGAACAUUUCAAGGCGGAGAUUAAGUCGAUGGAUUAUACCACAAACGCGGAAGGAGCACGAGUUGAGAUAAACAAAUGGGUUGAAGGGGAGACCAAUAGCAAAAUCAAAGACUUGCUCCCUGGAGGUUCAUUGAAUUCGCUGACAGCAAUGGUGGUUGUAAAUGCCAUAUAUUUUAAAGGGAAUUGGGCAACACAGUUUGAACCCAAAGAUACGAAGAAGAGCACUUUCACAAAACUGAACUCAGACAAGGAACACAUAGAUAUGAUGAGCAGGCGCAUGAAGAAAGCAAAGUAUGGUGAAAACAGAUCGCUUGCCUGCAAAACUCUCGAGCUGCCAUAUGAAGGGGAAGAACUGGCUAUGAUUGUUGUUUUACCGAAUACCAAUGAUGGGUUACUUGCCCUUGAGAAACAGCUAACUCUUGAGAAUUUGCAGAGUCUGGUGUCUGGGGUCCACCCAGGAACAGUUGACGUGUCUUUACCGAAGUUCAAACUUGAAACUUCCUUGGAGCUGAAAAAAGUUCUGUCUGCUUUAGGGAUGAGAGAUUUGUUUCAGGAUGAUGCUGACCUGUCUGGGAUGGGGAAAGAUCUUUAUGUGUCGCAGGUGUAUCACAAAGCAUUUGUGGAUGUCAAUGAAGAGGGUACAGAAGCAGCUGCCGCUACUGCUGCUGUCGUGAUGAAAAGAUCUAUACAGAGGACGCUGGAUUUCAAGGCCGACCACCCUUUCCUUUUCAUGAUCUGGGAUCACAGGCUUAAAGUCCCCUUGUUUAUUGGAAGGUUUGUAGAGCCCCCUAGCACUGCUGGACCAGGCUUUCAGCAAACGAAAGAUGAAUUAUAAGUACAGUACAUUAUGUACUUUAUGUAAUUUAAAACUUUGACUAUGAUAAUGUGCUUUAAACUGACAUGAGCCACGCCAUGAGAAAACCAACAUAGUGGCUUUGCAACCAGCAAGGAUCCAGACCAUCCUAUGCAUCCACGCAGUCUGGUCUGGAUCCAUGCUGUUAACUUCAGAAGCCUAUUGUAAUUAGAGAAACUGUUAGCUAACAGCAUGGGUCCUGACUGCGCAGAUGUGCAGGCUGGUUUGGAUCCAUGCUGGUUGUAAAUUCACUAUGUUGCUUUUCUCAUCGCGCGGCUCAUAUACUGUUCACUACAGAAGCUACUCUUCAAAUUUCUGAAAAUGCACCUGUAUUUAAAUGUAUUAUUUAUAACAGAUUUUGCUUCCACAGUUUGUUAAGUGGUUUGUGACAAUUUUCACUUGUAAAUGUACUAAGUUUUUUAGCUUACCUGAGCAAUGCUCAGGGUGAGCUAUUGUGAUCACGCUGUGUCCGUCGUGCGUCCGUGCGUCUGUCCGUUGUGAACAAUUGUAUUUAAAAAACAUCUCCUCCAUAACCACUGAAUGGAUUUUGAUGAAAGUUGGCAUGGUUGUUCCUUAGAUGGUCCUCUACCAAAGUUGUUCAAACGGUUCCGCUUGCUUGCACAUAGGGGCUGCCAGAGGUAAAAAUAGAAAAAUCUUCAAACGACAUCUCCUCCUAAAUCGAUGGUCCGAUUUUGAAAUAAUUUCACACAAAUGGUCCUUAUGUCACCCUCUACCAAGAUUAUUCAAAUUAUAUUGAUUCGUGAAAAAACAUGACCGCCAGAGCUAAAAAUAGGAAAAUCUUAAAACGACAUCUCCUCCUAAAGCGAUGGUACAAUUUUGAAAUAAUUUCACAUAUCAGAUUGUCCUUAUGUCACCCUCUACCAAGAUUGUUCAAAUUAUGUUUGAUUCGUCAAAAAACAUGGCCGCCAGAGGGCGUGGUCACUUUUCCCUAUACAAUGUAUGUAUAUAGUGGAAACUUUAAAAGUCUUCUUGUGUGAAACUACUGGCCCGAUUUUAGAAUAAUUUUACAAAAAUGGUCCUUGUGUGAACCUCUACCAAGAUUGUUCAAAUUAUUUUGAUUUGUCAAAAAACAUGGCCGCCAGAGGACGUGGUCACUUUUCCCUAUAUGUAUAGAGUGGAAAACUUUAAAAAAUCUUCUUGUGUGAAACUGCCAGCCCGAUUUUAAAAUAAUUUUACACAAUGCUUCUUAUGUGACCCUCUACCAAGAUUAUUCAACUUAUUCCGAUUUGUCAAAAACAUGGCUGCCAGAGGGCGUGGUCACUUUUCCCUUUAUGUAUACCAUACUUGUCCAAAUUAUUGCCCUAUGGUCAAAAGAUGGCCACAUCCAUAUGUUCGACAUGUACUUGCUAUAGGCUUUUAUUUUAGAAACUCUGAAAAUCUUCUUCUCUGAAUCAUUAAUAGCUAGAGCCUUGAUAUUUGGCAUGUGAUGUCAGAUUUGUAAUGUCUGCCGUAACUUUUCAAAUUACUGCCCUAGGUUCAAAAAUAUGUGUGACAUGUAUGUAUGGAAGAAACCCAACUCUGUACUUAUACAAGCAUACUUGAAGCCUUGUAUACAGGUGAGCGCUUUAGGGUCAAUGACCCUCUUGUUAAGUAUUACAUUAAAUUGUAAGGAUAAAAUUUAGGUUUUACAAUUUCUAUAGGAUAUUUUCUUUAUAUACUUAUACGCCGUUUAAUUAACGAAAGCAUAUUUAAAUGAUUUUAGAUUAUACAAUUUUCGUACUUAUUUUUCACAUUUUGCAUUAUGGAUUUGUACAUUAAAGUGUUAAAGAAAUGUAA